GAGUCCGCGGUGUGCAGAGGAGGAGAGUAUCGAUGGAGGAGGAGAUGGAGCGCUCACUAAGUCAUUUUUUGAACGAGCAUUUCACCCCCAACUUGUACAGCAGAGGGGGGCCGUCCUCAAAGCGGCUGCCGGGGAAGCUGUGAGCAGCUUUGGUCCGGUUCCGCACCGCCUCGGGGCGCUGUGGCUGCCUCCAGCUCCCGCACAGUGGCUGGGACCCCGCAGGCCCCGAAACGAUGAGUGUGUGAAUUAGUGAGAAGAUAGUCUCCGCUGUGAACAAAUUUUGAUCUUUUCGUGGAUUUAUUUUUCAAAAUGGCCAACAGAUACUUGGAACCAAGUCUAGGAGAUAAAGUGGGUUAUCAGGCUGCAUUCUAUUUUCAGGCAAAAAUGUGAUUACAAAUCAAGAACGUGGAUUUUCUUGGGCGGUUUACGAACUGGCUUUGAAGGCAAUUUCUAAAAAGAAUGACAGGAAUAUUCUGAGCUAUGACAGCAUCGUGGAAACCAACGUGUGUGAUUUUCCAGAAUCCUUAAAAGGGUCAUUUGUUUGCAGGUGUCAGUUCUGGUCCCGGGGUACAUCCACACCCUGCAGGGCUCCUGCAGCUUGUAGGGGUGUUACAGGACAACCAUUUUGCCUUUCGGAGCAGGAUAACCUAACUUCUUAAGCACGGGACUCGGGCCUGAAUCGGAAGCGGAGGCGAGCGAGCCUCCCUGUGCGUGUCUGCAGCCGGAGAGGGCGCCUCGGAAGCCAUGGGGGGGGGGUCCUGGUGAAGAGUCGUUGCUGUCACCACCUUAUGUCACUCAUGACUGCCCCCUAGUCUGGCCCCUUACAGAUCUUACUUCAUUUCCUCCUCUUCUCUUUGGAGUUACAGAAUUUGGAGUUCGAUGCUUAAGUAAAAAACAGAACUGAUGAUUAAGGUGUUCUCUUAUUCUACUUUGAACUUCUUUUCCUGUGAAGUUACCUCUUUUUCUCCAGUGAGGAGAGAGAGGGAAGGAGGGCAGGAAGAGGGGGAGCAAAGCCCACGCUGCCCUGUGGUGGUGUCUUACGCUUCACCCACAUCUUCACAUGUUGUUGGCCUUCUCUCCCUCCCCGAAGGUGGUCAGGUCCCCGUCCCCUGGGACUGGCCCUGGGUUCUCUAAGGCCCAGGCAUCUCUUCACUUAGUUCCUGGUUUCAGUCCUGACCGCACUAGGACAGUAUAGCCAGGAAAUACGUCUUCAACCAUCACGGGGUUAGGGACACGACGGUGAUCUGGGCGAUGGAGGGGGGUGAAUGGAACGGUCAUGCCUGUAAUCUUUCCUGUCACAGCUACGUGCCAUGGAACCUCCACGAGCCACAAAGAGGCACAUUCGACUUCUCCGGGAACCUGGAUCUGGAGGCCUUUGUCCUGCUGGCCGCGGAGACGGGGCUGUGGGUGAUUCUGCGUCCAGGCCCCUACAUCUGCAGCGAGAUCGACCUCGGGGGCUUGCCCAGCUGGUUACUCCAAGACUCUGGCAUGAGGCUGAGAACAACUUACAAGGGCUUCAUCGAAGCAGUGGACCUUUAUUUUGACCACCUGAUGUCCAGGGUGGUGCCCCUCCAGUACAAGCAUGGAGGACCCAUCAUCGCUGUGCAGGUGGAGAAUGAGUAUGGUUCCUACAACAGAGACCCUGCCUACAUGCCCCGCAUCAGGAGAGCCUUGGAGGACCGAGGGAUCGUGGAGCUGCUCCUGACAUCAGACAAUAAGGAUGGCCUGAGAAGUGGGGUCCUCGAUGGAGUGCUGGCCACCAUCAACUUACAGUCCCUCCACGACCUGCAGUUAUUAACCACCUUUCUUCUGAAUGUCCAGGGGGUUCAGCCCAAGAUGGUGAUGGAGUACUGGACAGGGUGGUUUGACUCCUGGGGAGGCCCACACAACAUCCUGGAUUCUUCUGAGGUUUUGAAAACGGUGUCUGCCAUCAUCGAUGCUGGCUCUUCCAUCAACCUCUACAUGUUCCACGGAGGCACCAAUUUUGGCUUCAUAAAUGGAGCCAUGCAUUUUGACGAAUACAAGUCUGAUGUCACCAGCUAUGACUAUGACGCGGUGCUGACCGAGGCUGGGGAUUACACAGCGAAGUUCUUCAAGCUCCGAGAGUUCUUUGGCUCCAUCUCAGGCUCCCCUCUGCCUCCCCCACCUGCGCUUCUUCCCAAGACUGCAUAUGAGUCACUGAGGCCAGCUCUGUACCUGUCGCUGUGGGAUGCCCUCCAGUACCUGGACAAGCCAACCAAUUCUGAAAAGCCCAUCAACAUGGAGAAUUUGCCAGUAAAUAAUGGAAAUGGCCAGUCCUUCGGGUACACUCUGUACGAGACAACCAUUGACUCACCUGGCGUCCUCAGUGGCAUUGUGCGUGACCGGGGACAGGUAUUUGUGAACACGGUAUCUAUUGGCUUCUUGGACUAUAAAAGGAAGAAGAUCAUUAUCCCCUUGAUCCAGGGUUACACCAUGCUGAGGAUCUUGGUGGAGAAUUGCGGGCGAGUCAACUAUGGGAAUAUCGAUGAUCAGCGCAAAGGUUUAAUUGGAAAUAUCUAUCUGAAUAAUUCUCCCCUGAAAAACUUUAGAAUCUACAGCCUGGACAUGACAAGGAGCUUCUUUCAGAGAUUCACCUCCAGCGCAUGGAGCCUUGUCCCUGAAGCACCUGUGUACCCUGCUUUCUUCUUGGGUGCCUUGCCUGUUGCCCUUUCCCCUUUGGACACCUUUAUGAAGCUGGAGGGCUGGCAGAAGGGGGUUGUAUUCAUCAAUGGCCAAAACCUGGGGCGCUACUGGAACAUCGGACCCCAGGAGACACUCUACCUCCCAGGUGCCUGGUUGGACCAAGGCAUCAACCAGCCCUUCUCUCCCAGGUCAUUGUUUUCGAGGAGAAGAUGGCAGGCCCUAUGCUACAGUUCUCUGACGCACCCCGUCUGGGCAGGAGUCAGUACCUGAACUGAAGCAGAGUGUCCUCCUCGCUGGACCGGGGCCUGCUGUGCGGCCUCACCCAUGCCCAUCGGGACCGUUCGCUUCAGGGUGGCCUCGGGGCCGAGGGCUGGGCGGCUGCCCACUGCUCCAGGGCGGGACUGUCACCCUGACUGCGCCGAAGAAGACGAGUGGGAUGGCGAGGGAGGGACACCUUCUACCCGAGUGGCUUCUCGACUGGACCCUGUUGAUGGCACCUUUCCUGCACCUUGCUCUUCGGCGAGGACAGGGGCUGCCUGUCUGGGAUGAGACCGGUCAGAUCUCCCCGUGGGCCGGGCGUCCAGGGAGGUCCUGACAGCUGGCGGGGCCGCUGUGUAGGAUAUGCUCCGAAGAACUCAUCUGGCCUGCCACCCCUCGGGGCCCCUUUUGCUUCCGAAAUAGUGGCUUUGUCAUUGUGGACGGUAGUUGGGGUGGGGGUCUUACCCCUUCGCCCCGUUUCUUCACAACGCUCCCCGAGCCUUCUCUCUGAUUCUGGAAAAAAUUCCACCUGAGAGACGCACAUGUUUCUUUCCAUCCCCAUUCUAAAUGCACCUGCCAGGAUGACAAGCCGAGCUGCAGAGAACAUCUCAGCCCCUCACUGUCCUGCAUUAGAGAGACUUCUGUUCUGUUCAGCGAGAAGAGGGAGCGCGGAGCCCAGCAGAAGCCGCGCCCCGGCAGAGGGCACCGGAGGGCAAGGGUGGAAGGCCAGCUUCUGUGGCGUGGUGGGUGGCCGGGGGGAUGGUGGGCCGACCUCGCCACUGCCAGGGUCCUUCCCUCACCUUCCUGUGGCUGCAUGGCAGGAGGAGCAGCUGUCCUUCGUCCUUCGUAGUUUCUGCCCCAGCGGAAGCACUUGUUCUGGGGAUCGGUUCCAGUUGGCUCAGGUUUGCUGUCACGUGUUGCAAUAAAG